UUUAAGUAGUUCGUAUUAAGUUGGAAACGGUUUUUUUUUUCCAGCGGAGCUCAAAGGCAAACGAUACAAAUAGUCUAAAUAGACUGUGCAGACAAGGAUAUCACCACGGAGCUGUAUAUAUUUACGAUGCUAUAUAACAGCUUAAUCUUCUGACGACGCGAGAAGCUUACUGUAGCUGCUGCGCUAUUUCUAGAGCGCAGGUUUUUUUUCUACCUGGGAAUGAAAUCUGGAUUAACAGAUGAAGUAUAAUGGCUAUCUAACACUUUUCUACGCGUCUCAACCUUCCGUGUGUUUACAGUGAAACGGAAUUAGGCUCCUUCAGAAUCAAAUAACUGAACAGAAAAUGAGAGUCUGUGGAUACUGCGCGACGUCCUGGAACCGUUUGCUGGUGAUAUGUCUCAGGCUACUGUUUAUUGUCCCUGCAGGUCUGCACGUUCGAAGUCAAGGGGACUCUCAAUCCGAUAACAAAGUAAUGGACAAUGUUACCGUCCGACAAGGGGAGACGGUGUUUCUCAGCUGUUCUCAGGGGGACGUGGUGACGCACACAGCUUGGCUGAACAGGUCCAGCAUACUGUAUGCCGGCGUGGACAAGUGGUCUGUGGACCCCCGGGUGAGCCUGGUGACGUUCAACCGCGAUGAGUUCACCAUCAAGAUCGAGAACGUGGACGUGAGCGAUGAGGGCCUCUAUGUGUGUGCCGUGCAGACGAGUAGCAGACCCAGGACCACGUUCGUCCACAUCAUCGUGCAAGUUCCUCCAAAAAUCAUCGACUUCUCAAAAGAUAUGGUGGUAAAUGAAGGUACCAAUGUCACACUGAUGUGUCUGGCCAAUGGCAAACCAGAACCGGCAAUCAACUGGAGAGUGCAUUCCCUGUCAGGUGGCAGUGUCGGCUCAGACGACGAGUAUCUGGACAUCCCCUCCAUCAGCAGACACAAAGCAGGGGAGUAUGAGUGCAUGGCAGCCAAUGACAUCGCUGCAGACACGAGGACGCUGAGGCUGGUAGUCAACUACCCUCCUAGUGUGCUCGGGGGCAGAGACAUUGGGGUGACCCUGGGUCAGAGAGGCGUCCUUCAGUGUGAGGCGGACGCUGUACCGGCGGCAACGUUUGAGUGGUACCGAGACGACAGAAGGAUCUUUAAUGGCUUUGAUGGUAUCGAGAUCAAUGAUUCUGGAACAUUUUCAAAGCUGACUUUAUUUAACGUGUCUGAGACAGACUAUGGAAAUUACACUUGUGUGGCCAUCAACAAACUUGGAAGUGCGAACACAAGCAUUGUGCUAUAUGAAGUAAUUGAGCCCACUAGCUCGACACUGUUGCAAGUGGAGACAACUUCUUUUUUAGAAAUGACUUCAUCUGCUUUAGAGCAGACAGCCACUGAAUGCAGUCAGUUAUGGGAAGAACCCGGUGCAGUUCAAGAUGGCAACAGCGGCACAUCAGGAACGUACACAUCCCUCUGCCUACUCCUCAUCCUCACCCUGCAGCUGCUGCUUAAGUUUUGAUGGCGAGGACGUUUCGGGAAGAAACAGCCUCCUCUCUCUCGUCACUCAUACCAAUGCCAGGAGCCACCCAUGGGAGCACAGGAUGUGUGCGGGAUCCCCCACUACUCCUUUUUAAUCAAGUAAUCUUGUCGCCUUUCUUUUCGUUAGUGUUAAAUAUGAAUCUCUUACAAUGAAACUUAACAUUUUAUCCUGCCCCACUGAAAUAUCAGUUUAUACAUUUACAGGAUACAAGCCAGUUGAGGU